AACGAUGGAUAUUGCGAUAUGCGCGACAAACAAGAUGGAAAGAACAAACGCCCAUACAAACCAAGAACGCGAACUGGCUGUAUCACAUGUAGGAGUGAGUCUUCCUUUCCAGCAAUCUGAAAUAGUACGGGUGAAGUGCGACGAAGCGCGACCAAGCUGCCAGAAGUGUUUGUCGACCGGUCGAAAGUGCGAUGGAUAUGUCGCCCCUCAACCAUCGUCUCCGAAUCACAAUCGAGAGUUGAGUCUGAACGUUUACAAACCCGGAGAGGAAUCUAGUGCAAUUGAUUUCUUCCUCCGAGUCUCUAUACCACAAUUUGCGGGAAACUCACCUUCUGAAUUCUGGAAUCGACAUGUUUUGCAAUUGGCCCAGCAAGACGUUGGCACGCGUCACGCUUUGGUCGCUCUUGCUCAUCUUCACCGGGACUUCACAACUCCUCAAAACCAGUUACAGCACAAUCAGUCAGCUUUGUAUCAUUACGAUACAGCGAUCCGCCAUCACAUCAAGUCGCUUUCCGGAGAAACGCAAGAUACAUUGAACUCCAGUUCUGCAAUGUCGACUGCGAUUGUUUUCAUAUGCAUCGAAAUCAUGCAAGGUCAUCUUGCAUCUGCCGUCUCACUGUUACAACGCUCUGUCGCUAUGUUACCGAGUUCCACAGACCAGUACACUUCGCUGUACGAAGACCUCAUAUCUCGCCUUCGGAUCCACGCCCAGCGUGUAAGUUUUCUCUGCUAUCUGUUCCAACUUGGUAUAUUGAUGAAGAUUGAAGCUNNAGUGGACAAGGACAUGUUCGGAUCGAGUCUCUCUGACCACGCUUCAAAAGAAGUCAUUGCGCAAUAUCAAGCACCAGACGACUGGCGCGACUCUUGCAGAGAUCUACUGCGAGACUGUGCAGCGAUCUUUGGAGAGUUGCCACUAGAAGAAAGGCUCAAGCGACUUUGCAUCAUGUCUGGAGUCCCGCAAACCACACAGGACACUUCUUCGAUCUCGCGCGAGACUGCUGCAUACAAUGUCUUACACAUGCGGAGACUUCUGGAAACCACCAAUAUACUUGUUGAGGAAGCCGUCGGCAUAAGUGAAGACCAACAAGCCGCCGUAAACGACUCGUUCCUUCCUCUUUACCGCGCAAUCGUCUCCUUGGCAAAGAGCAAUUUAGGUCUGUCGAGUUCAGACGCGCAACCACUCGCUCCUUCCUUUGCUCUCGACAUGGGUGUAAUUGGUCCUCUCUACGAAGUUGCCCGCCAUUGCCGAGAUCCAAGUCUCCGCAGAGAUAUCGUGCACACUUUACGAAUGUCGAAUCGACAGGAAGGUCUGCUGAACAGUACCACGUACGCAAAGAUUGUGGAGACCAUCAUAGAUAUCGAGGAGACCGGUCUGACGGAUGUCAAGUCGAGUCAAGAUAUCCCUCUAGGCUCACGCAUAUCACAGCACUGCCUUUCUUUCGAUCUUCAGCGCUUGAAGCAUACCAUAUCCUACAAGCCGCUCGUCGGAAAAUCCACUGGAUUUCUUCAUCGAGAGAUUUCUCUGUCA